AUGAAGUUCAGCCUAGCGAUCACUUCUAACCUAACUACAGACAAGACUCUCGGCGUGUCUCGCGAUGCGACCCAGCAGCAGAUCCGCACUGCAUAUAAGAGGGAAUCGCUGAAAUCCCACCCAGAUCGAGUCCCCGCAGACUCCCCUGAGCGACCCCAGCGAACGAAGAAAUUCCAAGAAGUCAACGACGCCUACUACACCCUCUCCGAUCCCACGCGCCGUCGCGAAUACGAUACAGCUCGAGCCUACGAAGAGGCCGAGGACGAAGUCGAUGAUGAGGUCCCUCAUGGCACACCGGGUGGUUUCCCAUGGUCUAGUUUUGGGUUCGGACAGGGCGAAGAAGAACGGGAUGCCAAUCAGUUUGGAUCAGUAUUUGAAGAGAUGAUGCGGGAGGAGGGCAUGGCGGAAGAGAAUGACGGAGAAGGUGGCCGACGGACUCGUCCUACGUCGAAGUUCUGGUCUGUAGUCGGAGGUGUCAGUGGUGGUGCGUUGGGGUUCAUCGUGGGCAACUUCCCUGGCGCGCUGGCCGGUGCUGUAGCAGGAAAUCGUCUCGGUGCUGUUCGCGAUGCCAAGGGCAAAAGUGUUUAUGAGGUUUUCUUGGACCUUCCACAACCGGACCGGACGCGGCUCUUGAGUGAGCUUGCGGCUAAGGUUUUCCAAAAUACAAUGGGACGUUAG